UGGCAGAGAUGGCUUAAGAUUUAACGCACACUCUCUCACGGCUUAAGCACCUGCAUACAUCGCUUAAUUCACCAGAAAGAGAAGAACGUGUGUGGUAUCGCAAUUCAUACUAGAUAUUCGAUUGGUGAAUUUAGUCUGCCCUAGAGUUUCAUUACAUUCAGCAAUAAUCCUCCCAAUUACUUAUCCGAGUGCUUAAUUCCGAACUGUGCAGCCAUAUUGAAUAAUUAGUAAUCCUGGAUCAGAACCAGUGAUGAAGUGCACUUGAGGUGGUGCGACGAGAUUCGAGUUCAAAUCUGGCUUACGUGAAAUAUACUGUGUAAUGCGAUGAAGCUUGCAAUUUUUGCUACUAUCCUACUGUCCAGUGUUUGCUCUACCCUCGGGGGACUGUCGGGAAUUUACGUCGACAAUGGAGCUGGACAGACCGUCCUGGAUACGAUGAUGACCAACGACGAUCAGCACGAAAUCGAGCACGAGAUCUUGGAACUGUUGGGACUUCCCGAGAGGCCACACAAGCGCCAUUUGCAUUCUUCGAUCAGCAAAUCGGCUCCGCAGUUCCUGCUAAACGUGUACGACAAACUGACCCACGAAGGAAGUUUGAGUGCUCACGCUCGACACGCCAGAAGUGCCGAUGAUGAGGAUAUACUCUUCACAGAGGCAGACAACAAAGCCAUCGAUCAGAGUGAUUUAAUUAUGACGUUUUUGAACAAAAAUCACCAUGUUGCCGAGGUACGGCACGAGAAAGGACGAAGACUUUGGUUCGACGUGAAUGAGAUGAACGACGAUGCUGAGCUAAUAUUGGCUGAACUAAGACUUCACAAAAGCAGUGACUUUGUGAAGCACAAAUACAACGCUGAAAAUGUGACUAUCGUCGUUUAUUCGAUAACCAACCUUGACGGCGAAAAAGAACUGUUGAAGAUAUCGGAAGCAGAUGUAUCGACGGAUUACGAUGGUUGGGUCGAGCUGAACGUAACUUCCGUGGUUUCGGAGUGGAUCAACAAUAGGCAACUGAACAGAGGAUUUUACAUUGGUGCCUAUUCGAAAAAUCGCUCCGACAAAGAGAUCAAAUUGGACGACAUUGGAUUGGUCAGUGCCAAAGGUGAGGAGAAGUAUCAACCGUUUUUGGUCGCGUACUGCCGAGGACCACAAAUCGUGAAACCUGUGCUGCAUGUCCAUCCAAGGAGCAAACGUAACGCGCAGAGGAAGCGAAAAAAUAAAACCGAAAACAAAAAUCCACUCAGCGAUCCGUCGAUCGAUCAUCACAAGAGCUGUCAGAUCAAAACUCUCUACGUUAGCUUCAAAGACCUCAACUGGCAGGAUUGGAUCAUUGCGCCAGAAGGUUAUGGGGCAUUUUUCUGCUAUGGGGAGUGCAAUUUUCCACUGAAUGCCCACAUGAACGCAACAAAUCAUGCGAUCGUCCAAACACUGGUUCACCUGAUGCACCCCAGCAAGGUGCCAAAGCCAUGCUGUGCCCCCACUAAGCUGAGCCCGAUCUCGGUUCUGUAUCACAUAGACGAAUCGAAUGUGAAUCUGAAGAAGUAUAAAAAUAUGGUGGUGAAAAGUUGUGGUUGCCAUUGAGCAAGGCGUAACUCCUCAGUGGUGUAGUGUCGGUGUUGAAAAAGAAUAACUUAAAAUGCAAGUUUUUUAUUAAAAAGAGAAAACUUAAUAGAACGUGCCCAAAUAGUUUCAAAAUUGAAGUGGUUGAAUUAUUUUUUGAUAGCAUUUGCGUUGCGACUCUUGCCAAACUAUUUUUUAAAUAAAAUGCUGACUUAAAUCAUCCCUCUA